CCCUCGGCUCUGCCCGCCGCGUGCCCGGGCCGCCUAGGGCCGGCGAGCAGCUCUGCAAAGUCGUGGAGCGAGGGGAGGCGGAGCGCCCGCAAAGUGGUCGGGCUCAGCGCUGGGGCUGGGUUGGGAGGGGUGUGCCCAGGGAGCCUGGAUCCCGGCGUCCUUGCGCCUCGCGUGGAGCGGCCGGUGCACCCGGGAGGCGAGCUAACGCUCCGGAAAGAGAAAUCAAAUUGCAGCCUCCUCAAAGACGCUAAGUUACGCAGGCGAGCCGGUUCCCGGAGAACGUUCGCUAGCGCGCUUAUAGCCGAGCCGCGCCGCAGAGCCCUCCCGGGCCAGCCGGCUGAGAGCGGGGCGCCAUCCGACAGGCAGCGGCUCCUGAGCAGCGGGUCCAGUCCGGAGUGCGCCCCGGUACAGAGGGGGGCGUGCAAGGCUCCGCCGGCCCGCCCGCAGCCCGCGCCCGGCUUAGGCGCCCCUCGGUCCCACUCCGGGAGCGAUGCCCCCCGCCCCUCGCGCCCCCCGGGAACGACGCGAGCAUGGAGAAGUCGAGUAGCGAGGAUUCUUCGAUCCACCGGAGUCCAUCUUUGGACAGCAAGGACUCGGACUUUGCCAAGCCGUCCACCUCGGGCCGCCCGUUCGGCCGCGGCUUCACGGCCGGCGCCUUCUACGGCACCGCGGGCUCCCGGGGCCAGAGCCGCGCCGAGGCCGGCGUUAAGACUGACAAGUACAAUGCACCCAAGGGCAGCAAGUACGUGGUGUUUUACCUGGACCUGUCCUUUGUUUUCCUCCUAGAAUUUAAGAAGUGCAACAUGGCCAGGGGCUGCCUCUGCUGCUUGAAGUACAUGAUGUUCCUCUUCAAUUUGAUAUUCUGGCUCUGUGGCUGUGGGCUGCUCGGAGUGGGCAUUUGGCUCUCCGUGUCCCAAGGCAACUUUGCCACCUUCUCCCCCAGCUUCCCCUCGCUGUCUGCAGCCAACCUAGUCAUCGCCAUAGGCACCAUUGUCAUGGUGACGGGCUUCCUCGGCUGCCUGGGGGCCAUCAAGGAGAACAAGUGCCUCCUCCUCAGUUUUUUCGUCGUCCUAUUGGUCAUCCUCCUGGCAGAGCUGAUCUUACUGAUCCUCUUCUUUGUCUACAUAGACAAGGUGAACGAGAACGCCAGGAAGGACCUGAAGGAGGGCCUGCUGCUGUACAACACAGAGAACAACGUGGGGCUGAAGAACGCCUGGAACAUCAUCCAGGCCGAGAUGCGUUGCUGUGGUGUCACCGACUACACCGACUGGUACCCGGUGCUGGGAGAGAACACGGUUCCCGACCGCUGCUGCAUGGAGAACUCCCAGGGCUGUGGGCGCAACGCCACCACCCCGCUGUGGAAAACGGGCUGCUAUGAAAAGGUGAAGAUGUGGUUUGAUGAUAACAAGCACGUGCUUGGCACAGUGGGGAUGUGCAUCCUUAUCAUGCAGAUUCUGGGCAUGGCCUUCUCCAUGACCCUCUUCCAGCACAUCCACAGGACUGGUAAGAAGUAUGAUGCCUGAGGGGCCGGCCGGGAGCGCCCCAGCCCCACGCGGACAUGUGCCGGGGAAGAAGAGUUGAGCUUUGUGUUGCCUGCCCGCACUUGCAGACUGCUGACCCUAACCCUCCCCCAGCCCGCCCUCCCCCGCCCACCCCACCUCCGCCUUCUCGGUGGGUGGAGGGCCAGGGACGAGGAGGCGUGCAGAGACCUUGGGGUGCUGGGGCACCUGGAUUCCUGCAUCUGUGUAUUUGCCAAAGAAGACAGGGUGGGCCGGGGGCAUGCUCAAGGAGGCCCCCAGCACUGAUGCGUUUCUGCCCUGCCCUUCCUCACAGUGACACUUAGUCCCCGCGUGGGGUGCAGAGCAGAGUGCUCCCUCCUGGUGGAGAGACUGCCCAGCAGAGGCCACUGGCAUCCACGACCACCCCGUGGGAGAGUGGGAGAGCUGGUGGGGUGGGGGUCUGACCGCUCUGGGCAAGGCCCUUGGGAGCGUCUUCCCCAGGCUUUUUAUACCUUACAGUGUAACUUUUUUAUUUUAUUUUACUCUGAUUAUGAUUAUUCAGGAAUAUUAUCUCAGCUAAGUUUAGGGUUAGCUUUC